AUGGACCCGCUGUGGUCCCAGGUCGGCGUCGUCAUUCCGGCGAUCCUCCAAGUGGUCACGACGGCCAUGGAGACGCUCGACGCCGCGGCGCUGGACGUGUUCGACGCUGCUGUCGGCCUCAACCUUUGCAACUUUGUGAUGUCGCUCACGGGACGCUUCAACAAUUUCGAGCUGCUCUACGAAGAGAUUUUGGGGCACAAUAUGUCGACGAGCCGACGAACUACGUUUACAUUCAACGCCGUCUCAUGGUCCACGCCGUCGCGUACCUCAACCACGACUUUAUCGGUAGCAAUAGCUAUCGACCUAACAAAUCAAUCAACAACAUUUUCUUUAUGA